CCAAGAUCACACUGCAUCAUCGUGAUAGCACUACAAAAUCCCUUCUGCACAAUGGAUAUGGGCAUGUCUUCCGGCACCUCAAUGGUGUUCUCCAACAGCCAAACCACACCGCUCUACUCGUCCUCCUGGACGCCAGCCACAUCUGGUCAGUAUGCAGGAACAUGUAUUUUCCUGAUAGUCCUUGCAAUCAUCGCCCGUCUCCUCGUUGCGUUCAAAGCUGCUAUGGAACGGAAAUGGCUGGCGACUGCCCUCAACCGCCGCUACGUGGUGAUUGCAGGCAAACCGACAGAGUCGGACAUCAUAAAUUCAACAAACGUCGACCCAGACUCAGCCAAAACGGCACUUCUUACAACACAAGGCAUACAAGAGAAUGUCAAAGUCGUACGACGGCUCUCGCAAGGCCCGCAACCCUGGCGAUUCAGCGUGGAUCUUCCUCGAGCGCUGCUCUUCCUUUGUAUCACCGGUGUCGGUUAUCUUCUGAUGUUGGCUGUUAUGACCCUGAAUAUCGGCUAUUUCAUGUCAGUCCUCGCUGGAGCAUUCAUAGGCGAAUUAGCGGUGGGCCGACAUAUUGAGUGGAACGAACAUUAGACUAAAUUGCCACUGAAGCUACCUUCUAUGUAUACAGUUUGUCCAGAGUUUCCUAUCGUCUAAUGGAAUAAUGCAGUCAACCACUUGUUCUGCUGUCAUAAUGAAACAGGGCCGAAGCAGGACGGAGAAACACAGUUUUGUACGUGUUACUUCUUGCGGUUAGCGCAGUCCACCCCGUGAUGAGAGUU